ACUGAUUCCUUUCCUCUCAUCAUUAUGAUUGGAAAGGUGAACGGCCAUUUGGAAGUUUGCUGUAUGGUGACAGGCACUGGUGCGGUAAUCGGCUACUGGGGCUUGUGGAGCGAAGAAACUGGCUCAGAAACUGCUUCUGCUAUCAAAGGAACCUCCACUUCUGAUACUAGCUCUCUGCCUCCCGAAGCCAGAGCGGCACUUUUGCUUUCAGAAACGGUUACCUCAAAGGACAAAAAUAAGAGGUCGGUCCAUCUGUCCUCUGAUAGCUUACUUAAGACACUAAUCACCUUGCUAUUUAAUAAGAUAUGUGUUAAAUUUACACUCAGAGUUCAUCCAUCUUCAUUUUGCGAUGACUAA